AUGUCUACUGCUCUCUCUCCUGGUAACGGUAUCUUCCCUCAUGGACCGCAGAUGCGCCAACCAUCCCUAGCUUUCCUCUAUCGACUCGAAUGCGACAUCGCCAAAGAGGAGGUCAACAUCGGCGCGCCAUACAAUGCAGGCACAAUCCGGAGCAUUGCCAAUGUCAUCGGCGGUACCAUCAAGGGACCCAGUAUUGAGGCUUCUAUCUUACCUCUUGGUGGCGCAGACUGGGCGACUGUGGUAAAGGGAACUCAUUCCAUGACUCUCGAUGCCCGUUAUACUGCACGUACAAGCGAUGGCCACUACAUCUACAUUCGCGCCCACGGCCUCUACCGCCCUGGCCCCGGAACCGAGUACGCGAAGCAAGUCGAAGCCGACCCGGAAAAGCCACCGCAGUACGCUGUGACUCAGGACGAUGUUGAAUUCUUCUCGCACCUCAGACUGGAAGCCGGUCCCGGUCCCUAUAACUGGCUCAACGGGCUGGUCUGCCUCGGCGUAAUGACCUGUGAAGGCGAGAAGAUCUGGAUAGAUACGUACCACCUGACAAAUUUCCCGGGCAUCAAGCCGGAGAACGUGGUGGCGAAGGAAUGA